GAGUGCUCUGGGUCUGCACACGUUAUCUGUUUCCCUUCCCAACUAUUCUGAGAUCCUUAUAUCCAAUAUGAGGAUAAAAUCUGAGGCCCAGACACUGCCCAGGGUCACACAGGAAGCAGCAGAAGAGGAAUUCAAGCCUACAUCUUGCCGACAAUAAAGCUUGGACUCUUGCACAUCGCACUGUUUUUCCACAAGGCAUGUCAGACUGUCAGCCCUCAGACCCUCUCCUCUCCACAGAUCCUGCUUCUGUCGCCGGGCCCAGACCAGCACUUACUCUGAAAGCGAUGCUUGAAUCUCCCGGGCACCGGCUGCAGUGCGAGGCCCAGCACCAGCAGGAGCAGAGGCAGCACAAGCUUCAUGGUGCAGGCAGGAUGGUAGAGAAGAAAAAUGCUGUCAGCAAGAAGAGAGGGUUGGUUACAUGAGAGGAGGCGUCAUUCCUGCAGAAGCCCCAUCCCACACAGAGGAGGACAGGGUAAGGGACACAAGAAAGGGAGGAAGCAAGGACAGUCUUGCACUCCCCCGGCUUGCCCAGGGGAGGCAGCAAGGAGCUGAGGAUCAUCUUUUCUUUCUUUCCCUCCCUCUCCUGGCAUCCUGGCCAGACUUAGGGCUCACGCUGUGGUCAGAGUCAUGCAGCCCCAGGCUCUGCUGCCCGUCCUGCUUCUCUGUGUGCUGCUGCUGCAGGCCCAGGGAGGAUACAGUGGCUGGAAGAGGAUGCAGACCAUGUCUAGAAGCAAGGCCUGUAACACGAAGUUCAGCAUAGAUCAAUGCACCCACCACUGUUCGUAUUUCCAAAAGUGUCAAGAAAAUGAGACAUGCUGUUCUACCAUCUGUGGGAACAUUUGCCUGAGCAUCUUCUGAGUGGGGGAACAGCUGGGCUAUGCAUCCUCCUCUCCAAGCCCCUUAAUUCAGAGGCUACACCCAGGUCUGAAGCUCAAGGGCCUCAAAUCACAGUCACAGGGACGUCAGCAGGCAUGCUGUCCUCCUCACUGUUUGAACUCCUUGUUCCUGUCAAAUAAAUCAGAACAAAUGCC